AUGGAAUCAUCUCAAGAAACCUCCCCAAUGCCAAGUCAAACGUCCGAGACUGCCAACCCCUCUCUCACAAUUGACUUCUCAUGGCGGAAAUUCAAGUCCAUUAUUUAUGAAGGCGACACAUUCGGCGGCACACCACUAUACACCCUCCAAUACAACUUCCUCGGACGCCUAAAACUCAUAUUCAAACGAGUCUCGAACCCAGCCGCCCUAGCCGAAAUCACAUCUGAAGAAACCUCAAAUACUCAAGAUGACAACUCAGAUGACAACACCACCGGCUCCAACAUUGUCGGCAAAGGCAAGAUCCGCGCUGUCCGCAUCGACGCCGACUACGAAGUUCACGGCCGCUCUGACAAGUUAGUUGCACAAAAGCGCUGGCGCACCGAGUACACGCACCGCUCCAAGGCCAUGUCGAAUGAUGGCGAGCUUGUCACGAUGCACUGGCUGAGUGAUAGCGACUUCAAGACGUGGGACUUUAUUUGCGUCGACGAGAACCAGUUGCCCGUGGCUAAGUUCACGGCUAAUAUAUGGGCACUGAAGCAGCUUGGCAAGAUCGAGUUUAUGGGUCCCAAGGCUCAUGACCGGGUUUUCCAGGAAGAGAUUAUGGUUGCUGGUACCACGUUGGCUUAUUGUAUGAUCAUGCGUGUCAAUAAUCCUUUGGCGUUGUUGGGUUCGGCAUUUGCGAAGCCGGGGCAUGAUAAAGAUUGGAAUGACGAAACUUCUAAAGGUACUAAUGGGAAGCACUCUGCUGUCUAA